CCGGUCCCCUCCCUCCUAAUCGCGUUCUCUUUUCGAAGGGCCGACCGCCUUGAGGCACCUGAUUCAUACCUUGAUCGUAAUCGCCCGCACUUUUGUCCCUUUCAAAUUUGGUGAUGGCGGGCGAGGCCCUACCUGGUAGAUGUAUAGCCUUUAGCUUGUCCCUUUGUUAGUGGCAUGGCGCGGCUGGCUCUAACUUAGGGGCCCAAUAUAGCUCGGGUCUGAAUUUGUACAGGUCAUUGGUAUGCCGACCGAGCUAAGCACAUUGGCUUUUCAGACGGGCAUUUGUUUUCUCGGCGCAGUCGACAUUUUCCGUUCUGGUCGGCGCUGCGCAGAAAGGAACAGGCAGGCGGAGGAGCUGCGUGCAAACGGUGCUCAACUUAGAUACUUUUGUCAGACCUGCCCAUAUGUCUACAACAUAGAUCGCAAGGUGUCAAAGAAGCUGCCAAUCAAGAAGAAGGAGGUAGACGAUGUUCUUGGUGGAGAGGAUGCAUGGAAGAACGUCGACAAAACAGAUGUGACCUGCCCGAAGUGCACGUAUGGACAAGCUUUCUUCAUGCAAAUUCAGAUCAGAUCGGCAGAUGAGCCGAUGUCGACAUUUUACAAGUGCUGUAACAUGCAGUGUCAAUUCAGAUGGAGAGAAGGAUGAUGGAUGAAGUUUGCUGUUUCUCCCUACGCUUGUGCUUUUGUCUGUACAUACGCCGGACUCUGCAGAAGAUUGAAUGUUCGAGGGCGUCGAAAUUGCCGUUUGUUCUGCACGAAUGGUGUAACGACUGCCCCGCUGUCUCCAACAUGGGCUCAGUGAAAUUGAAUUCUCCGUGAAGAUGCGGAGUACCAGCGGCUAGACGGGGCCAUGCUGUUCUUCGUUCUCCGCACCAUGCCAAUUUGAAGCACCGGUACACCACAUAUCGGCCCGCCGGUGCCAGCAUGAAACCCGCACCACUUCGGAGGCCGCUGUUUUUUUUCUUCAACGGCAGGCCUGGCCGCAUGGCGUGUCCGAGUUUUGCUUGUGGCAACAAAAACUUUCUGCAAGACUGCUGGGGCCGUGUACUAGCUGUUUAACAGAUUUCCUGAAGGACAGAAGUGCGUCAGCCGGUCAGACUUAUCAGGAUCACAGCAGACUUAUCAGAACGGUUGCAGACCUGCCAGAAGUACAGAAGAUUUAUAAGAAGAAGCAGGAGGUUUUUCUGAAAUCAACAGAUUCAGUUGGAACUCAGCGGGAACUCAGUCAAGGUUCGUCCAUGAAACUUGGGCAAGACUUCAUCGACAAAAAAAAAAAAGAAUCGACAGUCAUAAACAGCGCGCAGUGGAUUCUGUCAGAACUUCUUAAUCACCCCUGACACACAGUGGGCCUUCCUGAGCUAUAGCCAAAAUUUCGUGAGUUAAUUACUGCAGGUAUGUGUCUAAUACGUAGUAGACUCUCGCGGAUCACAGCAAGUAUACAUGAGGUGCAACAAGGAGAUGUGAGAGAUCCAGCGAGCGCUUCCAAGUUGCAGCAAGGAUAUCUGAGAUCCAACAAGCAUUUCUGAGUGGCAGCAGACAAUCCUCAGUUUCAGCCGAUAUUUCUGAGUCCUAACGGACUCAGUUCAGUCGCAGACGGCACAGUUUAAACUCAACAAAAAUUUAAUGCAGUUUACUCUCAGCAGAUUCAGUCCAUUCACAGCUGCAGAUGUAGUUUAGUCUCAGCGAACUCUGUUCUCUCCCGGCAGACUGAGUUCAUCAACUGCAGAUUCAGACUACUCUCAGUAGACUCAGACUCAGUUUAAUUACACCAGACUUUGUUCAUUCACUCUCAACAGACUCAGUUCAUUCACAGCAGACUCUGUUUAGUCUUUUAGCAGACCCACUCAGCUUUCCAGUAGGUCCAGUCAUAUCUCAGUGGGUUGGAUCAGGGCUUGACAGGCGAGGCUUCAACUCGAUGGAAUCUACAGACUUCAGGAUACCUGAAGAGAAGGUUCUAGCUUUCAUGCUCGAGGUAUGGGGGCGAGGAAAAGAGGAUAAGGGGGGAUGCCAGUGAAAAAUGAGAUUUGCGACAAUCACUCGAUAGGAUUUGAACCAAGAUCUGAAGAUGAUUCCUUCUGUCUUACAUAAAGGGCGUGGGAUUCAGAUGCCAAGAUUUAACUUUUCUUCGCCCGGUGUAGCAUCAUGUUCGCGUUCGGUGAUUUAAUCC